CCGCCGGCAGCCCGCCCCUCAGCACUCCAGCUCCAGCUCCAGCUACACUCCAGCUCCAACUCCAGGCACCAUGCGGACCUCCCUGGCGCUCAUGCUGGCCCUCGCCGCCAUCCUCACCACUCACCUGGCAGCCGCCGGGCCCUACCUCGAUGACCCCGUCCCCGAUGACGGCGUCGAGGACUACAGCGAUGGGAACCUAGAGCGUCUGCUGCAGGGCGCCCAGCAGAACGAACCUGAGUCAUUCAGUUAUGGUGGAGAGGUAUCGAAACGGGAACCUGCGAGACGCGCGUGCAUCCGCCGAGGAGGCACCUGCGACCACCGGCCGAAGGAUUGUUGCUACAAUUCGAGCUGCAGGUGCAACCUGUGGGGCGCCAACUGCCGCUGCCAGCGUAUGGGACUCUUCCAGAAGUGGGGCAAAUAGGCGCACCACCACCACCGCCGCCCACGGGCUCUCCCUCUGCCGGCGCCCGCGACUGCCGACUGCCUCGCACCACCCACGCACUUACCUUGCGCUCUUACACUUAGCUCACUUUCUGCCAAACCCAGUUUUGAAUAUACUGGCAAGCCAGUGACAAAAAUUUGUCAAAUCGUAUAAAAAUAUGUAAUUGUUUGAAAUAUCGUGGAUGUGUAGAGUAGUCUUACUAUAGUUUAACAAUAUUGAUGAGGUUCAGCUGCCAUUUGUUUCGAAUCUUUAUGGCUCAUUGUACCAAAUUUAUUUAUGUGUGCCUACUUAAAAUACCAUUACUUAAACUUUAAUAGUCGUCUGUCUUCAUGAACUCUUCCUUUUGAAACUAUAACACGUAUUAUUUCUGAACUCAAUGUAUUAUUUUUAAAAAGGUAGGAUUGUUGCUAACCUACAAACAUAGUCGAAGGUUUCGUAAUGAAAACUGUAUACUUCUUUUAGAUAAAACUCCCCUCAACACUUGUGGAGACGAAUAUACAUUCUGAUGAAAUAAUGCUGAACGAUGAAGUUUCUGGGCCUGUAGUGCAUUGCAGCUUGUAACAAUAAAACUAUAUGAAACGAAAUAUUCUAAAUCCAGUAACCCUUAACAGUAGAACACACAUACAGACACACACCACACACACAAACACACACACACACAGACACACAAAAGCCAGUAUUAUUUUUUUGCCACUUUUAGUCAUGUUCGUUAUUUCUAAUAUACUCUACUUGCGUGAAAUGUUGAACUGUCUGGACGAAGUACUAUUUUCAAUAUAAUUUCAUGAGAAAACAGAAUGUGGUCGCUCUUACAUGCAUGCCGAUCUGAUUAACUGAUUAUGACACGCAUUUUAUUGAGUUUAGAAGAGUAGAUGCAGUGGAUUAACUCGUGAUUACGUUACACGACGACGACACUAUUACCGUAACAUCACAGAUAUCGUGGAUGUCAUGAUGGCUUAAAUUAGUUUAACGUCCGAAACGUAAUCUCCAGUUUUUCUACCAUAGUGCUUCAAAUUGCGUUUCGAGCACUAAGGGAGACUCCUCUGUCCUCAGUCCGAUCUCUACCUGAUAUUUUCUUGGCUAAAUAACUUAUUUCCUCCUGUGAUCAGCCAGCGGUUUCAUGCAGCUACUUCUCUUCCGCUUUAUGUCUGAAGUUACACUAACACCGGCACGCUACUUGUGAAGCGAUAAACAGAAAUAAUUUUGAUAUCUUCUGCAUCUUAUAUGCUUCAAAUGAAACUCUUUUACUUUAUGAGGAUUUCAUUACGUUUAGUCAGUGUUACUCUUUCGGUAAAACAGUUAUGAAUAAUGUAGUACAUAACGAGCCAUUAUCUAACAUUUCGCACUCGAGAAAAAUGUGGGAAUGAUAUCCACACGUGACAGAGACAAUACAACCGUCAUUAUUGCUCCUUUUCGUCUUCCACCAAAUAACAUUUUUCUCUGAUGAACAGUAAACUGCAUCCACCCGUUAGAUUGCCCUAUCAAAUCUUUCCUCGCAAUCGGCAGGUUUUCGAGCGCCAGUAGCAGGCUGGUACAGCGCCGAGCCUUCGUUACUGAAAAAGAGUCUUAGAUGUUAAUUCCUUGUAUAAUCUCUAGAUAACAGAUUCGUUCACAUCCUAGCCCACUUAGUAUAACUGUGUAUUGAAAGACUAAUUGGGUGCAGAUAGUAAUGGAUCGAUAAGUUAAUUACAAUGUAAUAUUUAACAAGCUGAAAUUAUUGUAUUAUUCGAUUUGUUUAUUUAUUGUUCUCCUUUAUGUAUCAAAUAAAUGUAGUAUGCCUAAA